AUGCAUGGCUUAAGCUUUGAGACAAGCAUAUGCUACUGGCAGGAUCAACCAGGUAGCCGCCACCCACGGCGGCGCCGCGGCGCCCGCGAGCGCGCGGCCGCCCGGCCCGCCGGCCGACGCCCUGCCAACCCUGACCGCCCCGGCUCUUUCACCGCUCCGACCCGCGGGAGCGGCAUCGCGGACGCGACGGUGGCGGCAUGGCAGCGACGCCCGCCGGCGGCGGCGGCCGGCGGCAUCGGGGCCUGCCGGCGCCUGGGGCGGGGAACGGCACCGCGCGCGCGGGGGCUCCCCCCCACCCGCCGCGCGGCGGGGAGGCGAGGGAUACCCUCGGCCGCGGCCGACCCCGGCGGCCGGCCCUUCCCGCGACGCCGCGGGCAAGGAGCCGGGACCGCUGCGCAGCUUUCGGCUUGGCACGGCGCGAGCCUUUCUCUCUCUCUCUCUCUGGCGGAUUCGCGGUUCUUUCCCUCUCUCUCUGGGGCUUCUUCUCGGGGCCCGCGCCCCGCUUCGAGACUCGGCCUCGCGCGCUCGGAGACACGCGCGCGGCGCGCGGGACGGAGCUCGGCCGGGGCUGACCCGCCCCCGAGGCCGACCCGCCCCGCCGACCGGUCGCGGCCGAGCGACCGGCCGCCGGCGAGGUUGGGCCGAGAAAAGCGGGGCCCGCUCAGGGAGCGAACCUCCACCCUCCGCGGCACGUCCCCCCACCGGGCCGCGCGGAAAGCACCGGACGUGCUAGAGGAGACAGCGACCCGACGAGGCGGGCGCGGCCCGGACACCGAGGCCCCUUGCAGCCGGGGCGCGGCUCGCUCUGCAGCAGGCGGCGGAACGGCAAUGGAGCGCGCGGACCGGGCUCUUUCCCCCCGCAUCCGCAACCCCGUCGGGGUUUUCACAGCGCGCCUUUAUAUACACAAGCAACCCUUCUCUCUCGCCUUCUUCUCGCGCGGCUCCGCUCCGGCCGCACCGCCGCCCGGCGCUGCUCGCGGCCGGCAACCCACGGGCGCUACCCGGGACCGGGGCCGGCACCGGCACCUCACGUGGUUGGUAAGGACACCUGAAGGCUCACGGGGCCUCGCGGCCGUCACACAGCUCGGGACGGUAAAGACGCCCUUCCCCCAGCGGCGGGAGGGACGACACCUCGCCUGCGACGGGAAGCGAAUUGGAAAGGAGACCGCCCUGCCCGAGCACCGGACCCCCCCGCCGUGGCUUCCCCAUGACAGAGAAACCCCGGAGGAGAGCCGGCCGGCCGGGGGCCCUCUCCGACGCGACCCGAAAAGCCUCAUCGAUCAGGCGCGGCCCGAGGGAGGAACCGCACGAACAAGGGCCCCACGGCCACAAGUCCUGGGACAACGGCAGCGGCCGCCCGGGCGCAUGCGCCCACGGGGGGCCGCCGACAAACGGAUUCCCUUCAGCGAGGCAACGGGCAGGACGGGGCCGCCGGGCUGGCGCGGGGACUUGGCCCCCGCCGCCGGGGAAACCCGUCCGGAGCGUGCGAGAAAAAGCGCCACCGACCGUGCCACGGGCCACCGGCUUUCGCCCGCCUCGCGGCGGCGCCACGGGGGCCGCGGGCCCGGGAGCCGGGGGGGGGCGAGGCACUCGCCUCUCACUCCCCCCCCCCCACGAAACCCAACCAGCAUCUCGGCUCUCUCGGCUCGACUCGGCUUUCCUGGGCCCGCGCGCCUUUCCAUCGCGCGCUUCUCGGUGCCGCGGCUUAGGGCCGCCAGUGGAAAAAAGACCCGCGGAGGCCGGGCGGGCAGCCCCCACUCUGCCCGCACGCCGGCACGCCUAAAGAGGAAAAAAAUACGGACCCGCUCGGCAACCCAGCCCGCCGGCACAACCGCAGCAGCCGGGGCAGACCAGACACCCGCUGGCCUCCCACAGCCGAAGCGGCUCGAUCGCUUGUCUCGCGACCAAGGAAGGGCGAGGCGCCGCCGCCUCGCCCACGACACACCGGGGGCUCUCUCUCUCUCUCUCUCUCUCUGCAUCGGGUUCCGGGGCCGAGGAAAGGGGAACGACUUCAACAACACGGGCUGGGGACGGGGUGCCGCCACCCCGGCUCCGCAGCUCAUCGGGCGGCUGCCGUCGCCGAGCCCCUUAAAAGCGAGGCUGGAGGGCCGAGGCCAGGCCGCGCGCCCCACCGCACGUCCCCCGCCGCCCUUCCGACACACCCUGGACACGCUGGCCAAACAGGUCGGGAGCGGGGAACGGGACGCCGCCACCUCGGCCGACCCCUGGGGCUCUCGGUACGGACAGACAAGUCCGAGGCCGCCGGCGCCUCCAAGAGAACGAAUUGAGCACGACCGGGGAAGAGCGCCGCAGCAGGCCGCCAUCUACGAUGACGUAGCUGGAGGCAGCCAAAAACAGCGACCCCUUGGUGAACUUCCGCAGCCGGCGGCGACAACAGGUCUACCCGGCACCUGCCGAAAUGUGACUAAGUCCCUCCGGAGCGAGGUAGACCUGUUCUCCCCCGCCGCCGCCCGCCACCAGGGGGCCACGCCGACCGCCGGCGGCCCCGGAGCCGGGACCGCCACACCACCGCGCGUGCGCUCACCCACGGACAACCACCCCCCGCCCCCCUCCCCGACCCAAGCACGCCCGCCACACGCCCGCACGCUCUCGCGUGCCGUCUCUCCCUGUGCCCGCCGCUGCGCCUGCCCCUGGCCUUGCCGCGUCUGUCGCGGCCGCCCGCCCAUGCCGUGGCCGGUUGGGGGCGCCCCGCCCUCCGCCAUCAGCCUCCCCGGCGCCGCCUGCAUACUUUCCCCGCCUCCACCCAUCGACGGUUGGGGGCGCCCCGCCCUCCCCCAUCAGACUCCCCGGCGCCACCUUCAGAAUUUUACCCGCCCCCGCCCACGCUCCCUUGGGGGCCAGUUGGCACGGCGCCGGCGGCGGGAAGGCGAGGAGCCGGCCGACACCGAGGAAGGCAGGGCCUUGGGCCAGCAGGACGAGAGCCUGCUGCAGAGGCGCGGCGGGCGGGCGGGCGGCGCGGUAGGGGCGGCGGGCUGCGGGCAGGAGGUCGGCGGGGCGGGGGUGGGGGGGCUGUCGGUGCGCCCGGUGGGAGCCCAAGUCGGCCGCCUUCGCCUCCCGGACUCUCGCGGGGGGAAAGGGCGCGUGCCGGACGUGCGGGCCGCCCGCCUUACGGGAGCUCGCGGGCCCGCACCGGGGCACGGGGGCCGCGCGUCCGGUCGAGGACGGCCGCUCUGCCCGGUGCUCGGCGCCGACGGCGGGGCUGGAGGCGGCACCGCAUCCGUCCGCCCCUCCGUUCCCAACCACGAGCGGCGCUCCUCACCGGGCCCGCCCGCGGACGGGCGGGCGGCCGGCUAUCGCGAGCCCACCGAGGCGCCGGCGGCGCUGCGGUAUCGCUACGUCUAG